AUGGAUUCUGGUCCAGAGUACAUCUCUGACAAAUAUCUUGAAAGCGAGGAAGUAGCAGAAUACGAAGCUGGUAGACCUCUUAGUUUCUUUGAAAAUUUAAAGAACAAUGAAAAGAAGUUAAGAUACGAGUUAGCAAUGUUGAACCACAUCUCUAUGACUGAUGAACACGAAGAAGCUCUUAUUCCUCAUGAAAAGGGAACUACUUCUCACCUUAACAGAUACUGCGAUAUACUUCCAUACAAGAGCACAGCUGUGAUCUUAGAUACAGCUGGACAUGAUGGAGAGAACUCAUAUAUUAAUGCCAACUAUAUCCCUGGAUGCUUAGGGGAAAAAGAUAGUUUUAUUGCCUGUCAGGGUCCUAAAUCCAAUACAGUUAAAGAUUUUUGGAGAAUGGUCAGACAAGAAAAUAUCGGAGCAAUCCUCAUGCUUUGUAAAGUUUACGAGGACGGUCGCCCAAAAUGUGAAGAAUAUUGGCCAGAAAAGGACCAAAGCUUGGUCUUUGAUGAAAUUGAUCUCAAAGUUCAGUGAGAUGAUGAGAAAACAGAAGGAGAAGCUCUAUACCACAGAGAUUUUUCACUCAUCGAUACUCAGAACGAUGAAGUUAUUUCAAAAAUAAAGCAAAUUCAUUACACUGGAUGGCCUGAUCAUGGAGUUCCAAAGAAACAGGGUUUGGAUGAUUUCCAAACUUUGGUAGAAAAUUCUUAUAGUCAGUACAAAACAGCUUCAGAGAAUAACUCCAAAGUAUUGAUUCAUUGCAGUGCUGGAAUUGGAAGAACCGGAACUCUGCUCUCAAUUCUUAACAUAGUCGCUGAUAUUGAGAAAAAGAAAGAACAAGAAGAGGAAAUCUCAAAUAUUUCAGUGUUUUCUGUCGUAAGAAAGCUGAGAGAGCAUAGAUUCCAUUUAGUGCAAUCUGAAUCUCAGUACAUCUUUAUCUACCAGUUUCUUGCUAAGUACCUGAAGAAUUUAUAA